AUGUCGAACCCUUUGAGUCCUGACCAGUCGACACAUCAUUACCUCCACCAGGUUUUCCAUGCUGUUGCUGUGGAUGAGCCUGGGAAUGAGGAUGAGGAUACGGAGGGUGCUGGUGAAGAUGAUGAGGUGGUGGUGGGUAAUGCCCAUACCCGUACCCAGGAUACGGAUGGUCCCAAUACGAUCUCGCACCACCAUCUGCUGGUCCUCCCGCCAGUCCUGGAGGUCCACGUGCCUCAGAUGUGGUGA